AUGCCGCAGUUGCCCCAAAUUGAAAUACCUAUUAUUGCAUCUGUUUUGAUGCCUGAACCACCAUUAUCAUCAAUACCUAAGAUUCCAUUAGCACCAUCUCAAUUUGUACCGGAAUCAACGUGAAAUUUACACGCUUGGGUAUCAGAUAAGUCAGCAUGAUUAAAAGAAAUAUUCAGCCGGCAAUGAUUAAUAGAGAAAUUAGAAAUGCUAUUUUUCGACUGCAUGAUAAAAUGAUUAGUUAUAAAUAAAGAGAAAAAAAAGUCUUUCUAA